AUGAGGUCAAGGAGGUCCUGUCUCAACAGGUGUUUCCCACCACCCGUGAAGCCUUUCGUGAAUUUAUUCUGUCUGUCAGGGGUGCUACUGCAUCACCUGUCACUAUCUGCAUCACCUGUCAAAAAAAUAAAACUAGAAAUCGAUAAUGAAGAAACCGAAUGCGGCGCCGGAAAAGAAGGCGAAGCGAGAACCCGUGCGGUCCGUAAUGGAAAAGGGUCCAAUAAUGGUCCUAGUAGUCCAAAUGUCCGGUCGGACACACCCGCUUCGGAUGUAUCUGUGAGCAAUCUGACAAAAAAGUUUGGAUCUCGUACGGUUACUCCGUCCACUAGUCUAUGUGUUCCCUUUCCAACACCCAGUCCAUCGAUUAGUCUACAUGCAAGUGACUUUUCCGACUCAGAGUCCACCAUCUCUACGUCCGUAACUGAAAAUGACUUCCCCGAUUCAGUGUCUACCAUUUCCACACUCGUAACCGCAAGAGAGGCUCCGCCUGUCCUCCAGCAACCGCAACCGAAUAUGCACAGCGAUGAGGACCUCUGGUGUAACUGGGAUUCCUGGCAGCCCGUCUCUCAAUAUCAUCGUCACAACUGGCUGCCUUAUAGUGUCACCUAUUCCCGGGGUUUGCCCACCAGUAUUACCUAUCGUCGUCAAAAUAUAAAUUAUCAGUGGUGUCGUCCCGGCUGUACACCUCGUACGCCCUCAUAUAUACGUCAUAAUUCUUCUCUUCGUUUCAGACUAACGCCACCACGUUAUUAAUUGUGCCUCACACAUGUGAGGUCAUUACUUCUCCAAUUCCUUUCGUCCUAUUCAUUUCCUCCUCCUACCCAUCCCUUCAUAUUGUUCUUAUGUAGUCAAGGCCAGAGGAUCUAGCAACCUUAUAGCAGGAAACUGGAACCUCCCUUUCCACGGUUUCCCCCGCCUAUCCUAUUGUCAAUCUGCAAAGGACUAUCCCCAGUUCUUUGGGUUGUCAAGGCCCGCGGAUCC